GCCCUGCAUCUUCAAUGGGUCCCUUUUUCAAGACGAUCGCCAAUACGUUUUCUUGCUGGGGGGUGGAAUGCCUCCACUGGGCAAAGAUGGUGGUUGGCUCUGCGCCCGUCGCCGCCACCUAGCCUAGCAGCUUCGGUUUUGGCCAAACUCGGUGAAUUCGCGGAAUUGCGCCCCUUCUUUGGGGGGCUUAUCGUUUAUUUAAGAAAAAGGGCUGUGGCUUUCUUCUACAAGAAUCCCUUCUCAGAUCAAAUCGCUUUCUAAUUCAACCAACAGCAUCAUAAUAACCACGGGCACGGGGCCAAGCAAUGAAAGUCCUCAUCUGUGGUGGGGGCAUUGCCGGUCCUGCUCUCGCCUUCUGGCUCUCGAAGCUGCCAGGUUACGACAUCACGCUGGUGGAGCGCUUCUCCUGCCUACGCGCCUCGGGGCAACAGAUAGAUCUGCGGGGCCAUGGUAUCCAGGCCAUGAAACGUAUGGGCCUCGAGCAGGCUUACCGCUCCAAGUCUGUCAACGAGACAGGUCUACAGUUUGUCGACAGCUCCGGGCAACGGAAGGCCUUCUUCCCGGCGAACAAGACCGGAACGGGGUUACAGAGCUUUACCACCAAUUACGAGAUCAUGAGAGGAGAUCUGUGUCGUCUUCUGUACGACGCGACCAAGGACCGUGUCAGGUACCUCUUUGGCACUACCGUCGAGAGUUUUGAGGAUGAUGAUAGGUCCAUCAAGGUCCAGUUUACAGAUGGGUCAAAGGACUGGUUUGAUCUGUUGGUCGGGGCUGAUGGCCAAGGAUCCCGGAUCCGGAGGAUGAUAUUACCCCCUGAAAGUCCGGACCCUUUUCGCUCACUCCACAUGUAUAUGGCGUAUUUCACCAUGUCUCACGAGGAAGGCGAGGAGUAUGUGGCUACGGGCUACCUGGCGACCAACAAGCGCCUUCUUUUCACUCGAAGACACAGUCCCAACUCCAUCCAGGCCUACAUGGGAUAUGUCGACGACGACAUGGAGCAACUGAAACAUGUCAUGAAGAGUGACGUUGGGGAGCAGAAGAAGGUCUGGGCCGAGCUUUUCCGGGAUGCUGGGUGGCAGGCAGACCGGUUCAUUACGGCAAUGCAGGACGACUCGCUAUCGAACGACUUCUUCACUCACGAAGUGGGACAGGUCAGGAUCGACUCUUGGUCUCGUGGCAGGGUGGUUCUUCUCGGGGAUGCCGCCUAUUGCCCUUCGGCGGCGACUGGAAUGGGCACCUCAGCAUCCCUUGUCGGCGCCUAUGUCCUGGCCGGGGAAAUCGCUAAACACUUGUAUCGUUCGAAUGUAGUGGACGUCGGCGGCAAUCCAGACGGUACUGGGGAUCCUCUUCCUUCCGCAUUGGCAGCUUACCAGAGACAACUAAAGCCCUUCGUGAGCCAGGUGCAAAACCUGGCUUCGGGCUUCUGGAUUCCGUCGUCGCCUUGGGGCAUUACUGUCUUCAACUUCCUCGUCGGCUUGGCUGCGAGGCUGCGCAUCGACGCCUUGAGCAGAUGGGUCUUCCGUGAGGACGUACGGGGUUGGGACUUGCCGGAAUAUCCAGAGUUGGCACGACUGGGCUUAUCGAAGUGAUUUGGCUCCGGGGCCGGGG